UGCGGAAGUACUUGCAAGAAGCAUGCCAAAACAAUCCGGUGGACUCCACGCUGCACAGAAUCUGAAGCCUUGUUAAACAGAGGAAAUGUCGAUUUUCCCACGAAUUUCCCUGAAGCCUGAAGUGACUGAAUAUCUUAAGAGUGUCUUCUUAAACAAGGAGGUUUUAACGGCGGUGGGUCAUCAGGAGGCAGAGCAUCGUUUCCACAAGCUACUCUCAUGUCUGUCUCACCCACCUUCAUACACCUGCGUACGAGCCAGCACCCAUCUGGCCCCCCUUGAGGAGAUCAGGCAGCAGCUGGCAGAAGAGCUGAGGAAGCUGAUGUGCAGCUCGUCAGCAGAGGAAGUCUCUGUGCAGAUUCUGCCACACCCACGAAUUGCAGAUGUGCUGAUCCUUCCCGUUGAAGGUCCGAGACCUGUGAAGCAGCUCGGCUCAGAGGUGGUGGUGGGCGCUCAGUGUGGCGGCGCCGUACUGAGAGGCGCUCACGUCUUCGCCCCGGGGAUCCUCGGCAGCCCCAAAUACAUGAAGGCGGGGGAUUUGGUGUCCGUCUUCUCUGACCUGGAGGGCAAGUGCACCCGAGGAGCCACCAGCUUCCAGGGAAAGAAGGUAUUUGUGGGUAAUGGAGUAGCCGAAAUGGACCGCUCCACUAUCUUCUGCACAGAAGAGCCUGCCAGAGGUAUCGGUAUCCGAAUGGUGGAGCCGCUUUACAGAAGUCCGUCCUUUGAUGGUGUUUUACCUAGCCUAGCGUUCCUGCAGAACCUCCCGUCUGUGGUUGUGGGACACGUGCUCGGGCCUCGCCCUGGAGAGCGCAUCCUGGAUAUGUGCGCUGCGCCUGGAGGGAAGACCUGCCACAUUGCUGCGCUCAUGGGAGAUCAGGUUCUUGCGGUGCGGUUGCUGAAGAAAGGUGGUGUUUUGGUGUACAGCACCUGCACAGUGACUCUAGCAGAGAAUGAGGAGCAGGUAGCUUGGGCCCUUGACACCUUCCCCUGCCUCUCACUUGUGCCACAGGAGCCCCACAUCGGUGCUGAAGGCAUGCCCGGAGCCGGCCUUCCACCUGAGCAGCUGCGCCUCCUCCAGAGGUUCAGUCCCGAGCUGAGCUGGGAGCAGACGGAAAUUACAGCCCCGCUCCCCUGCAGAGCCGACAGCGACACUAUCGGCUUCUUUAUCGCUAAGUUCCUGAAAAACUAACCCGAGGGCUCGCGCUCUUGCACGGGGCUCAUAUGAGACAGCAAAACGGGAACAAUAGUGUUUAUAUUACGACACUCUGUGUGCUUUGACGGGCCAGUGUUGACAAAGAGCUCCCUGCGCUGUUUACAGCAUCUGCCUCUUAACAGCUGCUCUCUAAAACCGUGGGCCAUAUAGGGAUAAGCUUUAUAAACACCAGGGGAGGGUUGGAUGGAAGAGGGUGGUGGUUGGGGGGCACGUGGCGACGGAGUCUGGAUGAGUAACGGCAAAUGCAGCAGCAGCAGCAGCGCUGCGGUUGCUAUAACAACAGUGACGACACAGCUGCCAUGGUGACGGAUUCGCUGGAGAAUGGAUCAGGAAGUAGGUGUAGAAAGAGGCCAUGAGAGGAAUUAACAAUUUAGUGUCUUUGCAGCGCCGGAGACGACUGGGACAUUUAAUUAGGACUUCUGGAGCCUGCAG